ACCCUACAACACGAGUGAUCAACAGUCAAGAAGCCGGUCGCCAGUGCUCGCGGACGCUCGGCGGAGGUUGCCAGUGCGCUGUCGCUGUGACACACAAACCGACAACUGUUAUUAUUCAGUGCGCAUCCACAUUCCACUGCACUGCACGGACAUUCCUGAGUUGCAAAAAUGGGGGGCACGAAGACCCUAAUCUUCCUCCAGCUGGUCUACAUCACGGCGUGCAUGGAACAGCUGGACAUCAUCUACGAGUGGAAGCAGCUGGACUUCCAGUUCCUCACUCCAGAGGCUCGGCAGCAGGCGUUAGACAGUGGGAGUUUCAUCCCUGAGAAUAACAUCCCCAUGGGGCUGGAGAUAUAUGGGGACAGGCUGUUUAUUACUGUCCCCAGGUGGAGGAGUGGGGUGCCGGCCAGCUUGACUUAUGUCAACCUGAAGGACAACUCCACCAAGUCACCGAAGUUGAUUCCCUACCCGAGCUGGGCCGCGCAUCAAAUAGGAUCUGACGGUAAGCCAGAGAUAGUUUCACCGUUCAGAAUCAGAGCCGACCGCUGCGACCGCCUGUGGGUUUUGGACAACGGCAAGAUAGGCAACCUGGAGACCAACAAAACGAAGUUCCUCCCAUCCCUCAUUAUUUAUGAUUUGAAGACGGACACUCUCAUCAGGAAAUACGUCUUCCCCGAAGAACAAGUCAAGGAGGAAUCAGGGUUCGCAAACAUUGCCGUUGAAGACACAGACUGCGACAAAACGUACGCUUACGCUGCUGAUUUGGGGAAGCCAGGCAUAGUUGUUUACUCCUGGGAGAAAAACGAGUCGUGGAGGAUAACCCACCACUUCUUCCACCCCGAUCCGUUGGCAUGCGACUUCAGUGUUAAAGGACGCAAUUUCAGCUGGACGGACGCUAUUUUCGGUAUCGGAUUGUCUGCGCCUAACGCUGACAAUUUCAGCACCUUGUACUUCCACCCGAUGGCCAGUUACAACGAGUUUGCCGUCUCUACAGAGUAUUUGAGAAACCAAUCAGUUGCUGACGCUAAUUUCAACGCCUUCAAACUCCUAGGAAGUAGAGGAACGAACGCUCAAUCCAGCGCUUCGUUUGUCGAUCCAAAAACUGGUGUCCUCUUCUAUUCUCUCGUGAACUUAAACGCAGUGGCCUGUUGGAGGACGACGAACAAAGAAUACUUGAUGAAGAACCAGGGCAGAAUUUAUAUGGAUGACGUGAAAAUGAUUUACCCGACGGACAUCAAAGUGGAUUACGAUGAAAAUCUAUGGGUGCUGUCAAACAGAAUGCCUCUUUGGAUGUACGACAAAUUGGACCCCAACGAUUUUAACUUCAGGGUGUUUUCUGCUCCGGUUCUGAAUGCUAUAAGCCACACCGCCUGUGACGUCACUCCGCGAUCAGAUAUUCUGGACAAGUUCGUUAAUAAAUUGAAGAAUGUGACCAAUAAAAUUGCCAACAAAAUAAAACCCAAUUCAGGUGUGUCCAACAAUCCAUUGUCGUUGGCGGUUGUUUUAUUAAUAUCUGCUGUUUCGUUACUAAUGUGAUCGUUGUGUGAACUGUACAAAUUGAAUGUUGAUUCAGUAGCUAUUAAGUUAUAAAAGUGUAUAGUUUUAUUGUUCACGUCAGUAUGACGUGUACAAAAUAGUCAUUGCAGUCGUUUCUUCAUGAUAAUCCCAGACAUUUGUUAUAAUAAUUCAUUGGUAAUAUAAUAGAUAUUAUUGUAUAACAAUAAAAUCUCCAUAAUAUUAACAAAGAUAUAUAUUUUAAAAACAUAGAAAUAAGAUUUUACCAAAAUGAUUCAGGUGAUUCAGGACAUUCCAAUUAUUCCAAUUUAGAAAUAAGUCUAUUUAAAGAAAGAGUAACAUUUCAAGUAAUUUCAAAGAUUUUACUUGAGGAAAGGAGGAAUUUAUCGUCACAAGUUGACAAUGUUUGGUGCUUAAAGUUUUAUUGACAUUUGUGAAACUUUUAUUGUUUAGUUAUUUAACAGAAAGCAGUUAAAGAUAAAAUCUACCUGUAUGCCUUUUUGUAAUCAAAUAAAACCGUUUGCACUUUAAAAAUAUAUAAUCAAACAUAAGUAGAUAUCCGUGACAUAUUUCAGUUGAAAACUCAAGAACCUUUCUAACUUCAAAAAAUGGACUUUCAGAUAAAGUCCGACUUUCCAUUUCCUCCUGUAUAGUUGAUAUUUCCAAAAUAUCUUACUUAGUCCGACUUUAUACAAAAGAAAAUAAAUUUUACUUCAGUUAGCUAUCUUCAGUACUUUCUUUCAGUAUUUGGCGAAAAUUAAUUUUCCAUAACUAUGUAUAUAAUGUCUUCUAAUUAUAUUAUAUAAAAAAUAGUCUAGAAUAUUUCAGGUCCUAUUAGAAGACAUUUAAACUCGACGUUUUUGAGCCUAGGCCAUAGGCUUUUUUUGGUGAGCUUAGAUAUAAAUUCAAUUUAGAUCUACAUUACACUUUUGAUUCUUUAGUUUGUGCUAAUUUUCCGAAGAAAAGGAAUCCUAAAAUGUCCAUACUUUCUGUUUUCUUUGCACUUUCAACAUAUCCGCAUUUUGGUACAAAAAAAUUGUGUGCGUUACCUUUAUUUAUUGUGAUUAUGUACAUUUUGUAAUAAGUUUGUGUGUACUUACCUACUUAAUGAAUGUGCCUUGGAGUGAUAUAAUUUAGUGAAUAAUUAAUUUUAAUUAUUGUUAAGUAACCAGUUAUUCUAUAUCACGAAGACCAAUACGAUGAUUCUUUCAUAGUCAGUAAUUCUUUAAUUUGUAAACAAGUAAUAUGAAUCAUAAAGCCUAUAACUCAACGGUAAAAGGGCCGACCGACAUCGAGGUAAAGGGUUCGAUUCCCGCUUAUGAGAAUUUCAGACAAACUGGAAGGGAUUUUCCAAAAAAUAACAUUUAACAUUACUGUUUAGGGCACUGGCUCUCAUAUAAUGUGUUUAGAGCUUAAACCAAGGUGGUAUUUUUACUACUUCAGAUUAAAUAAACGCUAUUUAAUGUAGAGCGGGACUAUCUAUUAUAUUGAAUAAUUUUUGGAAAAUUGGAUAAAAUAUAAACCAAAGUCCCCAAGGAGUCCCUGUGGAUUUGUAGAUACGUACGUACCUACUCGCACCAGCUAUGGUCUUCGUGUGUAGAACGGCUUAUUGAUAACAAUGUUUUUUUUUAAUAAUGUAAAUAAUAAUUAUUUGUGAUAAAUAAAUAAAGGCUUAAAUACCUAUUA